UAUUAAGCAGUGUCUUAAGAUAUUUCUAUCAGUUCCUAAUGGAUUUCUGGGUACUAUUUGUUGUCAUGUAUUCUUUCAUAUUCAGCGGGGUUAUCGGAUAUCCUUUGAAUGAUCAAAUAGGAACAUUGCCUGGACAACCAAUUGUCAAUUUCAGGCAGUUUUCUGGGUAUAUUGAUGUUGAUCCAGAGGCUGGCAGAAGCCUUUUCUAUUAUUUUGUCGAAGCCGAAAACGAUCCAAAGAAUCAACCCCUCACAAUUUGGCUAACGGGAGGACCAGGAUGCAGUUCGGUUGGAGAUAGCUUCGUCGGUGUCGGUCCUUUCAUUACAACAAAUGAUGCUCGCGGCCUCGAGAGAAAUCCACAUGCUUGGAAUAAUGUGUCCAAUAUUCUAUUUAUCGAUUCACCUGUUGGAGCUGGAUGGUCGUAUUCAAACACAAGCGAUGAUUAUAUAGUUGGAGAUCAUAGUACAAAUAAUGAUCUGGUUACAUUCAUACUGAAAUGGUUCGAAAAGUACCCGAUUUUCAAGUCUAGAGAUUUAUAUGUUUGUGGAGCAAGUUAUGCAGGGCACUUUGUACCCAACUUUGUCAACUCCUUACUUCAAUAUAACAAGCAAUCAAUGAAUUUCAAGUUUAACAUCAAAGGAUUAGCGUUGGGCAACCCCGUUCUUCGGUAUAAGUUAGAUCUUCUAGCGGAACAAGAAUUAUAUGCAUCGGAAGGGAUGAUCUCGAGAGUGUUGCAUCAACAAAUUUUGAAACGUUGCAAUGGGGUCAACGAAGACAACUAUUCAAACAAUGUCGGCCCGUGGUCUGAAUCAUGUCAACAAGCCAUGGGUAUAUCCCAAAUGAUAGCUUUCAACGUAACUUCUGUCGAUCAAUCUAGGCAAAGACAGUUUGAUAUUAGUCGUACCCCAUGUGAUGGGACUAUGGAAGAUCUAAAAUCAGGAAAAGAGAUUACUAAAGUUAUCGAUGGAUGUGAUCUAUGCCUUACUGUUAGACCAAAUUUUUAUUUCAAUAUUCCUGAAGUUCAGAAAGUCUUCCAUGCAAAUCGAACCAAUCUAAAAUUCGAAUGGUCCGGUUGUAUACCGAUGAGUGGCCUCAAAUACAACCCAACUGACAUAUAUAAUGACAUGCUUCCGACGUUGAAGCAAAUUCUCCAACAAUCUGUUCCUAUUACCAUAUUCAGUGGUGACGUAGAUGGAGCAAUUCCUCUGAUUGGAAACUCGGAACAUGUUAAAAAGUUAGCCAAGGACAUGAACAUGAAUUUAACCAAAAACGAAACUUGGAAUCAUGAGAACAAGCAGGAAGGAGGGUUGUUGUACUUGUAUGGAGAUCUAUUGACUUUCAUGACAGUAAAAGGAGCUAAUCAUCAUGUGCCGUUAUCUAGACCAUCUCAAGCUUUGUAUAUCUUCUCCAACUUUGUGAUUAAUUAACCAUAUUAAGACCACAUGAUAUUAUGAUGUAAUUUCAUGUAAU